GGUCAGGACAACAUGCGUGUCGGUCAUCCGCACACCCGCCUUUCCCGGCUUCUCCCUGCUGUUUCCUCCCCACGGUCCAGUUUGGCUGCUUCUGAGUCUACGUGGUUCUCCAGGUGGCUCGGGAACCAAACCUGGUCAUCGUUCGCAGUUCCCGAAACGCCUGCAGACGUCACGAUGCAACCUCGUCCCCGUGGUUUGAAUUCUGUGUUCGGAAGGACGACGAUGAGGUUUUGGCUCCUAGCUCUGAAUUCGGCUUCGGAAGAAAAGAAGAGGAGAUUUUGAGCUGUGAAGCCUGUCGCCAAGAGAUUUUGAUUUCGAUUCGGCGGAAUUUGGAGGAAAGAUCUCCACGACGGAUUUCGAUCCGGACUCGGAUCACGGCAAGAUUCAUCGAGGACUUGAAUUUCACUCGAGGCUAAUCUGACAUGGCCAUGGCGAUGGCUUCCGUGGGGCCAGCCAUCGCGGUUUCGCCGACAGCAUCCGGAGAGAGGAUGGCUGCGAAGUCAGCUGGAAUUUCAACUCGGAAGAUAUCAGUAACAGCUACUAAUCGGACUCCGAGUGCUCUAAUGAUUGGAAGGAACUGCAAUGUGGAGGACGACGAUGAAUUUAGCAGCAGCAAGAAUUGGGCUUCGAGUGAUCAGGUCUCAAAGGCUUUAUCCACUGUGACUGCAUUUGGAGCUGCAGCUCUACUGACAUCGGCGUCGUUUGACGUUGGGGCAGCCAUCGCCCUCGAUGGAGUAGAAGUGGGAGCUCUCUUCCAGCGCACUUGUGCAGGAUGCCACACGGGGGGCGGCAAUGUUUUACAGCCUAGCGCGACGUUGUUCAACAAGGACUUGGACAGUUCUGAAGAGGUUUCGGCUUUCGCUUCCAAAUACAGGAAUGGGCUAAGUACAGUGGACGACAUCUUUAAGAUUACAUACUUCGGGAAGAAUCGUAUGCCAGGCUAUGGUGAGAAGUGUACUCCUAGAGGUCAGUGCACGUUUGGGCCGCGGCUUGGUGAAGAGGAUAUUCGUGCUUUGGCAGAGUUUGUGAAAUCUCAAGCAGAUCAGGGCUGGACAAGCGUGCAAAAUUGAGCUUCUAGGUUUGAACCACCUUCGCUUCUUUAGAAACAUACUCCUCUUGAAUCAUAUAUCCGCC